AUGGUAGAAGACACCAAAAUGAGGAUCAAAGGAAGCAGAAAAGGCAAGAACACCCAGGUUUGGGUCAACAACAAUGCCACAAAUGAGAACGAGCCAGAGGCCAUCAACAAUGAAGCUGACAAAGACACUGAUUCCAACUCUGACUUCAAUGAUGCAAAACUCCUCAAACCUGUGCCAAAGCUCACAUCACACAGCUAUUAUAGCUGGAGUGCUCAUGUGAAAUCUUUCCUCCAAUCCAUGCCCCAUGUGAUGAAACACCUCAAGGGAACAUAUGACAAGAAGCACCCAAAAUGGAGCUGCUCCCUCAAUGAUGCUUUAAUCAAUGCCCUGCAUGGAACAAUCGACACUACCGGAGAACACAAUGUAAAUUACCUCAUUCUAGAUGUAAUCAAGGAGUACCUUACUUUCAAUCAAGUAUGGAGAAAGAUUGAAAACAGUCUCAUGAAUGAAGCCACCAAGACAUCUCACAGACUUGUGCUCAUCUCACAGCUCAAUGAUAUAAAGAUGUUUCACUCAGAUGCCAGAAAGCUAAUUCAAGAGAUCUGGUCCAUACAGACUGAAAGUAGCCUCCUUGGCAAACCAUUUGCCAAUGAUACAUUGUUCUCAGCUCUGCAGAAAUGCAUGAUCUGGCAUCCAGUGUAUAAGGAGACAGUUGCCACUGUCCAUCAAAUCGAUUUCAACACCCUCACCACUGCACUAAGCAUCUGGCAGACUGCUGUUGAGAGCAUCCCUGCACAAAAGAUUGACCCCCAACAAGCCAGCACUAGAACUGCUGGCAACAAUGAUCAAAAUGAAUGGGCCAGAGAGACUGAAGCCGAAGCUGACAACAGCCAUGAAGCAUGGUGCUCCCUCACCCUCCCAUUGAAAUGGCAAGACCCCCCAAACACAAAAGAAACAGCUCAUUGGAUCUUGGACUCAGGGUGGAUAAUUACCACCAGAAGCAAGGUCUUGGAAGCAGCAGCUAUAGGAGAUGCAAGCAUAUCAACAGAUUAUGGGGAAAUCUCCCUACAAAAUGUAUUAUAUGUGAAGCACCUUAAUGUUAACCUUCUGUCAACAAAUUCAUUAAUGGAUGAAGGAGCACAAGUGAUAUUGGACACAACUGGCAGUCAAAUUUUUCUAACAAACAGCAUGACACUUAAGAUUGCAAAGAAUUGUGAGCAAGGACUUUUGGAGUUCCGAGGUGACACAUGGCAAGAAAGUGCAAUGGCCACAUCAACACCAUUGUUUGAAGGCAUUGAUGAGGAGUUCGAGCAUAUUGAGAAUGAGCUGAAAGUUUCGAAGCAACAACUAUGGCAUGAGCAUCUCGGACACCCAGGGAGGGAUAAAGCUAAGGCAAUCACGAGCAAGUUAAAAGAUAAGCAUACCAUGGAAUUGGAUCCAAACACUGCUCUGACAUGUGAGCAGUGCAUACAAUCCAAGAGCACAAGUGCUCGGAUGGGGCAAGGUAGCAGCGAAAGAGCCAUAGGGCCCCUGGAUCUUAUUCAUGUUGAUCUAAUAAUAGAUUUGUCCCACAUGAUGGAGUACACAUGCACAUUAGUGCUGGUCGACAAUCAUAGCAAGUAUGUGUAUGCACAGCCAUUGACACAAAAGAGUCAUGUGUUUACACAACUCAAAAGGAUUGUUUCGUUCCUGGAAACACAGACAGAUCAGAAGCUAAAAGCAAUCCGAUCUGAUCAAGGAACUGAAUGGAGAAGCAAUGAUGCAUUAGAAUGGUUGCUAGAAAAGGGCAUAGAGUGGCAAACCACCAUAGGGUACAACAGUAAACAAAAUGGAUGGGUAGAGAGAAUGAACAGGACCCUUGGAGAGAAGAUGAGGAUGUUGCUAAUGCAGAGGAGACUACCAAAGAAGUUCUGGCCAUACAUGAUCAGAGCUGCAGCAUUCAAAAUAAACCUCACUCCAAGCAUUGAUAAUGAGUUCCCUUACCAAGCCAUGUUCAGCAAGUUGCCAGAUCUAGAGAGAAAGGGCUGGCUAUUCUACAGUCUGGACUAUAAUCCAAACAUGUUCUGGAGCAAUUCAGCAAAAUUCAUGGAAUCAAAGUGCUGGUCAGACAGAAUGGAGUGGCAACUGGUCAACACAAAGGCACCUCCAGCAAUGAUGACAGAAGAGAAUUUUGAAGAUCUAGGAUAUAACAAAGAAAAUAUAUUCGACGAAACAGAUGAAGGGCCACUACAAGAAUACAUGGAUAUGGAGACAGAUUCGGAAGAAAGGUUAAGCAGAGGAACAGUGGAGGUGAUGGAACAAGGAUCAAUUGCCAAAGCUCAGAUUGACAAAUGGAGAAAGAACCUGGACCCAACCAUACAUAAAGCAUUGAAUGGAGAAGACAGAAAGCACUGGGAGGAGGCCAUGCAAAAGGAACUGGAUGGAUUAGAAGCGAUGGGCACAUGGGAGAUCAUUGACCUCCCAAAGGGUGCAAACACCAUUGACAUGCAUUGGGUACUCAAGAUCAAAACUGAUGCGAACCUCAUGCUGACAAAGUUCAAAGCCCGGCUCGUGGCACGAGGUUUCACCCAAUGUGAGGGCAUCGACUACACAGAGGUCUUUGCACCAGUAGUGCCCAUCCAAUCCAUUUGA